CUCAUUAUUUAGUCGAGCACUCCAUUGCUCAUAGAUGUCAAGCGUUGCGUUUGACACAAUGAAGAUCAGAAUAGCAUUCGCAUAUAUAUUUGGAGUAACGAGCAUCGUUCAUAUAUAGAUACCCAUUCUUUCCUCAAAGGGCAUACUAGUCAUCGAACUUCAUAAACACCGAUAGAAAUAAACAAUAUUCGAACACCUAACUUGGAUAUCCUUCUUAGUGAACGAAGUAUUCUUUGUAAUAGAUUAUUGAGUGCAGGGAUGGUAUGAUGCUGCAAAUCAGUCACGGCUGCCGAUAUUCGGAUGUUAGUAUCACGGAAAAUUGUUAGUCAUAAGACCAGAAUAUAGGUUAUUCCCAGUGCAUCAGACUUUUCUUUACCUCCUCAACAUCUGAUUCAAUCCAAGCUCUACUACUAAUUCAAUCAAGGAAUUAGAUUUAACUUGUAUCCCUCUUCAAUCGUCUUCUUCUUCUUCGCAGCCAUGGAUCUCCCCUUCACGACACUGGAUGUUUUCACAAGCACACAGCUUGAGGGCAACCCAUUGGCUGUCGUGCAAGUACCCGCGUCUCUGCGCGAACGUCUAACACAACCUCUGAAGCAGAAAAUUGCGCGGGAAUUCAAUCUCUCGGAAACAGUGUUCCUUCACGAUGACACGAGCAAAUCUGGCCAGGAUGCGCGUGACAUAGACAUCUUCACUAUCGAGCAAGAGAUUGUGUUCGCGGGUCACCCGACGGUCGGCACGGCGGUGCUCGUGCAACAGCAGCUGGGCACAGGCGUGCGCUCGCUCGUGACCAAGGCGGGCCCGAUCAGCAUCGAGCCGUCGCCUCUGGGAGUACGGGCAAGGAUCCCUCACAACGUGCACCUGCACGCGAAGACGCUGGGCGAUCUGCAGUCGUCCGACCAGCUGGAAUCCACGGUGACGGCGGGCCUGCAUCCAAACCCCGCUAUCCGCGCUGCCGAGCUGGAAGCGCCUGUGUUCAGCAUCGUCAAUGGUAUGACGUUUGCACUUGUGCGCUUAGCGUCGCUGGAGCUGCUGCGUGAGGUUCAGCCUUUACGGCUAGAUUUCGAGGCCUUAGCGCCCGUGCUGCUAGACGAGGGGUGGCGCGAUAGCUUCUGCGCGAGAUACUACUAUGUUGAUGUCGAGGGGGGACAAGAGGAGGAGGAUUCGAGGUGUUUUAGGACGCGUAUGGUUGAGCUUGGAUUUGAGGACCCUGCUACUGGGAGCGCGGCUUCGGCUCUAUGUGCCUAUCUCACGCUCAAAGAGGAGAAAAAAGGGACCAAGUUUAGGGUGACGCAGGGCAUAGAGAUGGGACGGAAGAGUGUGAUUAGUGUUGAGACAACGGUUCAGCAGCAGAAAGGAGAAAAUGGCGAGGUCGAUAUUGGCGAUGUAUAUCUUGGAGGUACUGCGGUAGUAGUUAUGCAGGGGACUCUAAAAGUGAGUGUUUAAGUCCGACUCUCUUAUUCAUGGAGGGCUGAGUAGUUAGUUCUGAUGUUAUCAACUAUUUGGGAGAUUUUUGAUACAUACUCGAGACGACGCAUUUUAUCGUGUUAUUGUAAGCUCUUCCCAGCGGUUGCAAAAGCUGUAUGAAGAACAACGUAUAAGCAAGUUAGAACAACACGAGAACAUGACCGAAAUGAGCCUGUUCAUCAGUAUUUGUAACCAUCUGAUCUUAGUUCCAAUCAAUGACAAGGCAACGGAGCUCUACCUCACCGUACGCAUAAAUACCGAAAACAUGAGUAGCGAAUAUUGGCAUUUCCUAUGAAUAGCUAACAUGCUUAACAAUAAGCUCGAGGUUCUAAAACCACGUAACACC